AUGCGCGGUCUCAUACUCACUGGCGAGGACAUCGAGAAGUUCCACGACUUCUACCACACAUUAGGCGUGCCCACGUACCUGGAGAUGCUAUUUGAGGUGGCCAGCAUCUCGGAGGAGAAGCUGCAGGAGCCCGGCACUAUCCGCUGUGACCCCAACACUGACUAUAAGUUGUUGUUUGUGAAACAGAAGGACCUCCCGCUCAGGGGAUACGUGCCUGAGGAUAUUGCGUGGGAUGAGGUCCAGAAGGUUGCAAAGGAGCAAGGCGAGGAGCAGAAGGAGAAAGAGCAGGGCGAGGUGGUGGAGAAGGGCAACGGCAAGGAGAGGAAGUGUGUCAAUGACCGCCUGGACAGGUACAUGGUCUUGUUUAUGCGCCUCCUGCCCAUGCUGCUCCACCUGGUGCAACUCUCGCACCGCCCUGGCAGCAAGAUCAAGCACUUCAGCACAAGGGACUGGCAUGCAAUCCUGUUCCUUGAGUGGGAGGAGAAGGGGCUCUGGGUGCAUGGCCCAUGCAUGGUAGGCAAGGAAGAGGGGAAGGGGAAGGAGAACCAGCCGCAGCUGUUGCCCAUUGAGGAGACAAUCUUUGGCAUUGAGGAAGCUGAGCACCUAUUGGCUCAUGUGGAAGAUCACCCGUCGUUUGGAAAGCUCCUGUACGGACACGAGGCGAUACUAGAGCUCAUAAAGGGUGACAACAAGCUCUACAACCUCAUGCACUCCCUUAGCCAGCUCCUCCUGCUCCAGACGCUUCCCGAGCUUGUGAGGAACAGCAAGAUCGAGGAGUCCACAAUUCCGGUAGCGAUCAAUGAGAAGGGCAUGAAGCACCACAUGCUCGACGUCAAGGACCCAAGCUUCAAGACAUGCAAGGUCCCCAAGCUUGUCUACCACAGGCUCCCUAUUGCCAGGCAUAUCAAGAACAUCAUGAUAGGCGGCAAUCUGAUUGGCCCAAAGGGUUGGCCCACACCCUGGUCAUCCGAGGACCUGAAUAAUGAGCCGAAGCAGUGCCGCAUCUGGUUAAAGGAAAUGUGUGAGUUCUUUGUGGAUGCCAUGUUCGUGAGCAAACUAGACCAAAUGAUAGAGGGCACGGAUGGGUGGUUCACGAAGUACCAGCUCUGUGAACUCGCUCUGGGCAACCUGAGGGAGGCCGAGAUGGAGAAGCUCGAGAACUACCUCUUCCUACGCUACAUGCUCACGUCGAUCAAGCGCGGGCAGGCUCCCGUCGAGUUCCAACAAUCACCGAAUGGCAACGGUCAUCACUGCUGA